AUGCCUAAGGUGACGUCCGCGCGUGCUGCAGCUGGUACCCGCCGGCACAAUCCUCUUGCUGAGGAUAUUAUUGGCACGGGUCACCUCCGAACGGCCCCCAGUAAGAAGAUCAAGCGCAAAUCGAAGGCAGACGGAGAUCAGGAGGAUGGGGAGCGCUUUGUGGAUGCGAAAACGUCCCGCAAAAUUCUACAGAUUGGACAAGAACUUGCCGAUGAAGAUGCCGCCGAGCAGAGAGCUGCACGGGGAGUGGUUGAAGAACCAGCAAACAGAGCCUUCGAUUUUGAGUCCCGAUUUGAGGAUGAAGAUGUAUUUUCGGACGACGAAGGCAAGUUCAAUGAGGAUCAAUGGGACGAUGAGGAGGAUAUUGAGGAAGUGGAGGUUGAUCCAAAUGAUCUUGAUAUAUUCCACAAGUUCGUUCCUCGAGGAGACGAAGAUCCGAUUUUCAAUCCUAGCGGGCCAGAGACGAGCGGUCAAACCACAAAUCUCGCGGACCUUAUUCUAGAAAAAAUCGCGGAGCAUGAAGCAAAGCAGGCAGGAAAUACUGGGCCUAUAAUUCAAGGUGGAGGUUUGCCCGAAGAUGCGGUUCAGAUACCCGCAAAAGCUGUUGAAGUAUACGAGAAGGUUGGCAUGAUUCUUUCACGUUACAAGUCUGGGCCUCUUCCAAAACCGUUCAAAAUUCUCCCUACUGUUCCAAAUUGGCAAACGCUUCUCUCAAUCACGCGUCCCGAAUCAUGGACCGCCAACGCCAUUUACGCUGGAACCAGAAUAUUCAUCUCACACAAGCCGGCAAUUGCGCAAGAGUUCAUCUCAACGGUCUUGCUUGAACGCGUGCGCGAGGAAAUAUACGAACACAAGAAGCUCAACGUUCACACCUACAAUUCGAUGAAGAAGGCUCUCUACAAGCCGGCAUGUUUCUUCAAGGGAUUGCUAUUCCCCUUAGUCUCGAGUGGGACUUGCACUCUACGGGAAGCUCACAUCGUUUCCUCCGUGAUCGCGCGCGUCUCUAUUCCGGUCCUACAUUCGGCGGCGGCACUGCUUAGGAUGUGUGACCUUGCCGCCGAACAAUCCAUGAAGUCAUUAGAAAGCACCGGUGCGGUGAAUACUUUCAUUCGAGUCUUCUUAGAGAAGAAGUACGCCCUUCCGUACAAAGUCAUUGAUGCUCUUGUCUUUCAUUUCCUGCGGUUCCGUGCGGCCGAUCCAGCGGAGGAUUCAAUGACCGACGGACCCUCUAAGGCAUAUAAACUGCCCGUUCUCUGGCAUCAGUCACUCUUGGUCUUCGCACAGCGUUACCGAAAUGAUAUUACUGAGGACCAGCGAGAAGCCCUUUUGGACUUGCUCUUGGUUCGUGGACACAAGGAUAUUGGUCCUGAAGUCCGGCGCGAGCUGUUAGCGGGCAGAGGUCGAGGGAUCGUCGCACCCGACCCGGAGAGACAACAUGCGCUUGAUGCUGGAGACGAUACAAUGGAUACCACAUUAUAACUGCGAAGAAACUCUUUUUCGGCGAUUUCUUACAUAGAUAUUCCCAAUCCUCUUGCAAGGAUCCCGCUUGUUCAUGGGCCUGGAUGGAUGGCGUUACUUGAUGACUUAUUGAUGCUUCAUGAUAUGCAUAGACUCUUCCCGAUCUUACAAUGCCUUCUCAUC